CCCGCCCAGCCUUGCGUCCCAUCCCCAGUCCCGAAUUGCUCCGCCGGGUGCACUCUGAUCGGCCUCGACCCGUCUGGCACAGCCUAUGCGAUCAGCCUGAGCCCGGUGGGCGCGAUCCCUGGCCGGCCGGGCAGAUGCUGGGCGCGAUGGCCUACCUUGCCCUCGCCCCGGUAACGCGGCAGGUCAGCGGCCGCGCCGCCCCGGCCGCAGUCCCUAGCGGCCCAGAGCGCGGGCAGCCCCUGGCCGCAACAGUGGCCGAGCUGUCUGUGCUGGACGCCUCCGGGAGGCAGGUGCCGUUCGGCGCGCUGUUUCGGGAGCGCCGGGUUAUCGUGGUCUUCGUGAGGCAUUUCCUGUGUUACAUCUGCAAGGAAUACGUAGAAGAUCUGGCCAAAAUCCCCAAGAGUUUCUUACAAGAAGCAAAUGUCACCCUUAUAGUGAUUGGACAGUCAUCCUACCAUCAUAUUGAGCCUUUCUGCAAACUGACUGGGUAUUCUCAUGAAAUCUAUGUUGAUCCUGAGAGAGAAAUUUAUAAAAAAUUAGGAAUGAAAAGAGGUGAAGAAAUUGCCCCUUCAGGAAAGAGUCCCCAUAUAAAAUCAAAUGUACUCUCGGGAAGCAUUCAGAGCCUGUGGAGGGCAGUGACUGGCCCUCUUUUUGAUUUUCAAGGAGACCCUGCUCAGCAAGGUGGAACCCUCAUUUUAGGUCCAGGUAACAACAUCCAUUUUAUACACCGUGAUAGAAAUAGGUUGGAUCACAAACCCAUCAACUCUGUUUUACAGCUUGUAGGAGUUCAGCAUGUGGACUUUACAAGCAGAUCUUCAGUUAUCCAUGUGUGAUGGUAUAGACUCUUUAUCACUUUCGAAUGGACCCUUGGGAUAUGACCUGAAAUGUUCAGAGUGUGGUAUCCUUGUGCAGUGUCUCACUUGUUGGCUUUUCCCAGCCUUUGAGGAGUUAUGAAAACAUAAAGAGACCAUGUACUAGUUGAACUACAUACUGGGAGGCAUCAGUUGUCAAAAAUGUUAUAUAUAUUUAUAAUUCUAUAGCUUUUAAAGUUUUAUGUAAAAUAAAAUUUUAUUUAUAUAAAAUAAAACUUUAAAAGCUAUAAAAUUAGAAAUACCAUUUUUUAUUUUACAUUAUGGUAUAUCCAUUCAAUGAAAGUUUUUAUUGGCCCUAAUUCUUAUGAAGAACAUAUAAAGGGAAAGGUAAGCAACUCAGGACCACUUUAUCCAGUGAAAAAGCAGGAUGUCAAAUCCUGUAAAUAAUGUAAUCAUAUUUUUAUGUAUAUGUUUAUAUUUUUGCAUACUUAGGAAAAAAGACAGGAUAUAAACACACCAGGUUAUUGCCAGUAGGUACCUCUAUAUGGUAGGAUUACAGUAUCUUUAUUUUUUUUUCCAUAUUUUCCUUUAUCUCCUAACUUUCUAUAAUGAGCAUGAUUCAUUUUUUUAGCCAGGAAAAGUUAUUUAAAAAUUAUAUGAAGAAUAUAUUCCUAUAUAGGAAGCUUCACAAAGUUGCAUAUAAAUGCAACUGUCUACAUGUUUCCAUCCACAUUGCUUUACUUAGAGGAAAUAUUGCAAACCAAACCUGCAUAGCCUGUGUUCAAAGUGCCUUGUACCACACACACAGUAUCCAUUUCACUAGGAUUUGGCGGGGGGUGGGGAGGUGGAAAGAGUAAAAGGAGAAAAAAAAUGUUUUAUGUAUUUAAUACAUGUAUUUAAAAUAUGGUUCAAUAUGCUUUUUGGAUGAAUUUUAAGAAUUGUUUAAAAAAAAACUUUGUAACUUAAAUGUACACUGGUUUGCUUGCCAAAUUGCUUUUAUUUAGUGUACUGUUAUCUUUUAUUUUUCUAGAAUGUUAAUAGGUUUACUUGGGAAGUGUCCCAGAAAUUCUGAUGAAAAAGUACAGCAAGAUCAAAAUCUUGGUAAUUAGUAGCAAAUAUACACUGCUUUGAACUUAUAAACUUUUAUAUCAAGCAUAUGAGGUCACACACACAAAAUAUAUUUUAAAUAUCCAAAUAUUUUAAUGUACAUUCAUGUAUAUAUACAUUAAACAAUCAUGUUUUUAACCAAUAAAAACAAAAUUUCUCAUGACAUUUAAAAUUAA